GAGACGGAUACGCUGGUGCGAAGCCGAGACGCGAUCCUUCUACCGAGAAUGUGGCCCUUUGGGAUUAUUCAGAGUUGUGAAACGUUUGACCAGAGGAACAUUAGCGUUUUAUGACCGCAGUGCGCCGUUCUCUGAUGACCAGCUCGAGCUUUUAAGUGUCAAUAGGAGAGGAGAAGUUCCUGCUGCUGUGCUCUGCUGUGUCUUCUGGGUUUCCCCUGAACAAUAAGGACUUCAUAUGAUUUUUUUAACAGUCUCCCAUUACAAUGUCUGAAGUCAAAAUUGGACGGAAGAAAGAAAAGUGUGAGAACUGCACAAAACAGUGCAACAAGAAACAAAGUGAUGAAAGUAUAAACUCACUUCAAGAGAAAGGUGUUGCCAGUGGAGAGGUGAGAGAGUCUACCUCAGUUCAGCAGGUGUUGCUGAGUGCGUGUCUGUCCUGUGACGGCUGUAUAUCGGAGGAUGAAGGCAAGAGAAUAUCACAGCAGAAUCUGGACGAGAUCAAUCACGUGCUUGCUCUCAACAAGAAAUGUGACACUUCGAAGCACAAAAUUCUCGUAGUGUCCGUGUGUCCACAGUCGGUGCCAUUUUUUGCUGUUAAAUUUCAGUUGGACGUUUCAGCAGCUGCACAGAAACUUUGUGGCUUCCUCAAGAGUGUGGGGGUUCAUUAUGUCUUUGACACCACCAUAGCUGCAAGUUUUAGCAUUUUGGAAAGCCAGAGAGAAUUUGUUCAGCGCUAUCGUCGUAAACAUCAUGACGCUAAUGCUAUGCCUAUGUUCACAUCCUCCUGUCCAGGAUGGAUUCGCUAUGCAGAGCGGGUUCUUGGUAGCGUGGUCACACCACACAUCUGCACCGCCAGAUCACCUCAACAGAUCAUGGGCUCCUUGGUGAAAAACUUUUUUGCCAGACAGCAGAAACUGACCCCAGAGCAGGUUUUCCAUGUGGUUGUGGCACCCUGCUUUGACAAGAAGCUUGAAGCUGUGAGAGAUGAAUUCUACAACAGCAUCUUGGAGAGCAGAGACGUGGACUGUGUGCUCACGUCAGGAGAGAUUCUCCACCUGAUGGAACAAAGCAAAGUCACUGUUGAGGAAGUGGACUCUGCUCCUUUGGAUCAUGUAAUUGGUGAGAUCAGUGACUCGGGUUUGACCAGACAUGACGGUCGUGGAUCUGAAGGCUUCCUGGAACACAUUUUCAAACAUGCCGCCAAGGAGAUUUUUGGCCUAGAUGUCCAAGACAUUGUGUACAAGACACUCAGGAAUCGAGAUUUCCAGGAGGUGGCGCUGGAGCGUGAUGGAGAGACACUUCUGCAGUUUGCUGCAGUCUAUGGCUUCCGGAACAUUCAGACUUUAGUGCACAGAAUGAGGAAAGGCAAAGUUCCUUACCAGCUAAUAGAGGUGCUAUCCUGCCCUGGAGGCUGUUUAAGUGGGCGAGGACAAGCUGAAGGAGAGGGAGGUCGACCAGACCGGACUUUAGUCCAGCAAAUGGAAGAACAUUACAGCAGUUUACCCGUCCGACUGCCAGAAACCAAUCCGGAGGUCCAGCGCCUCUACCAGGACUGGCUGGACGGCCACGAUUCUCCACAUGCACAGCAGAGCCUCCACACUCAGUACAAAGACCACACACACCUGCCCGCUCACAUAACAAACCCUGACAUUCAAUGGUGAUUUCCACAUGUAUGAAACCAAACAUGGCAUUAACAGCACCAAUCAAGACUGAACGCUUAAUGCCAUUUUGAAGUUCAUACGGACUGCACUGUGUCUGCAGUGAAAGAAAAGCUGAACGGAGGACCAAAGAAAGGCUUCUUGCUCUAUGCAUUGAAUCAGACUGUGCUUUAUUAAUAAGAAGACUUCGUUCGUUCACUAGUUUCUGGAACUUUUAUUCCCAUUGCACCUAAAUGAUGUCAUGCAUGGAUGGGCAACUAGCCAUCACACAGAUGCUAAAGUGUUUUCAAAACCAAUAACACAAGGCAAAAAACUGACUAUUAACUAUUAAAAUUGAUUACUGGACCCUGUA